GGAUAUGGCCACCCAGCUGCUCCAUCUAUCCCAUCCGCAGACCACGUGACCCACUUCUCCCGCGUCCUUCACUGGUUCAUUCAGCAUGAUGGCUGCGGAUGCUGCGGAUGCUCUCCGCCGCAUCCUGCAUCCGCGCCGUCUCUCCAUCUUCUUCCUCGCCGUCACCCUCUCCUCUCCGCCGGCCCCGACGCAAGCGCUGCUCGGCGUCCGGCCGGAGGACACCCAGGUCGGAGAGCUGUCCGUGCAGGACGGGAUGCUGAGGGCGACCGAGGGCACCCGCUUCAUGCUGAGGGUUUACUACUCUGCAGCAUCCGCGGAGCAUCCCAACAGCCUGAACAUCACCGGCAGACCCGACGGCGCGCCCGCAGCUCCGUGGAUCGCGUUUAUCGAGGAGCCAGGCGGGGACAGCAGCGCGGACGCGGAGAGGAAGCUGCGCACCAGAGGUAACCCGUGUGAGGAGGAGAAUGCCCGGAGCUCUGAUAUCGAGCUGCUGGGUUCCUUCAGAUCCACAUUAAGUCACAACUCAGUUUUGGUGGAGCUGCUCGCUAAAGACCUGCGCAGAGGCGAUGUGAUCAAAUACUACUCCAUGUGCGCCUUCGAUGGAGUGAAAUGGGAACAUUUCAGCACCAAGGACUACUGGUUGGCGGUGGUGGAGAGACCUCCAGAUGCAGAUGUUUGGCUCCAGGCGGGUGUCUCGGUGCUCCUGCUGGCGCUGUCAGCACUCUGCAGCGGUCUGAACAUCAGCAUGCUGGCUCUGGACCCCGUGGAGCUGCGGGUCCUGCAGAACAGUGGCACAGAGAAGGAGCAGAAAUACGCGCGGAAAAUAGAGUCAGUGCGUAAACAUGGUAACUACAUCCUUUGCACUGUGGUGCUGGGCAACGUGCUCACAAACACGUGCUUUGUGGUGUGGAUGUGCCAGAUUUUAGGAAUGACUGCUCUCUCAACUACCUUCUGCACUUUGGGGAUCUUCUUCAUUGGUGAGAUUUUACCUCACUCCUUAGCGUCCAGGCACAGCCUCGCCAUCGCCUCCAAGACCCUCUGCGCGACUCGUCUGCUGAUGCUGCUGUUCUUCCCCAUCGCCUACCCGGUCUCCAAGAUCCUGGACAUCAUGCUGCACCAAGAGAUCAGCAGCUUCUACACCAGGGAGAAGCUGGUGGCCAUGCUGCGCGUCACGGACCCGUACCACGACCUGGUCAAGGAAGAGCUCAACAUCAUCCAGGGAGCGCUGGAGUUGAGGACCAAAACGGUGGAGGACGUGCUGACGCCGCUGUCCGACUGCUACAUGCUGUCUUCGGACGCCGUGCUGGACUUCUGCACCAUGUCUGACGUGAUGCAGAGCGGCUUCACGCGGAUCCCGGUCUACGAGAACGACAGGUCCAACAUUGUGGACAUCCUGUUUGUGAAAGACUUGGCCUUCGUGGACCCCGACGACUGCACCCCUCUGAAAACCAUCAACCAGUUCUACAAGCACCCCAUGCACUGCGUGUUCAACGACACCAAGCUGGAUGUGAUGCUGGAGGAAUUCAAAAGAGGUAAAUCCCACCUGGCCGUGGUGCAGAGGGUGAACAGCGAGGGCGAGGGAGACCCCUUCUACGAGAUGAUCGGCAUCGUCACGCUAGAGGACGUCAUCGAGGAAAUCAUCAAGUCUGAGAUCGUGGACGAGACGGACCUGUUCACUGAUAAUCGGAACAAAAGACGAGUGUCCACCCAGGAGAGGAAACCACAGGAUUUCUCCAUCUUCAAACUGGCAGAAAAUGAGCUGAAGGUGAAGGUCUCGCCGCAGCUGCUGCUCGCAACCCACCGCUUCUUGGCCACAGAGGUGGAGCCCUUUAGGCCGUGUCACCUGUCAGAGAAGAUCUUGCUGCGUCUCAUUAAACAUCCCAGCGUUGUGCAGGAGCUCAAGUUCGACCCCAAGAACAAGCACGCUCCUCAACACUACCUCUUCCAGAGAAACAAACCCGUCGACUACUUUGUCCUCAUCCUGCAGGGGCGGGUGGAGGUGGAGAUCGGAAAGGAGGCUCUCCGCUUUGAAAAUGGAGCUUUUUCAUAUUACGGCAUGCCAGCACUCAUCCCACCACUGCCUAUCGGUCACAGGUACAGUUCCCGCUGCAGUGGUCUGAACCAAUCAGAUUCAUUACUGAGUGGAAGCAGCGUGGGUCAGCUCACUACAGGAGGACUCUAUUUACCAGACUACUCCGUUCGACAGCUCACGGACCUGCAGAUCAUCAAGAUCACCAGGAACCACUACCAGAACGCCCUGAUGGCCUCCAGGAUGGACAGCUCCCCUCAGACACCGGACCCGUUGGAUCCUGAUGCCAAAGGGAGGCCGCCGGGCCCAGAGGCUCGCUCGCACAGCAUCGCCCUCCCCCUCACACACACGCACACUCGGAUGGGGCUGGCUCGCCUUGCACAUCUCCAUCCCCACGGCACCCUGUGCAACACGUCCCAGCUCAAUGAAAGAAACCGUAUCGUGCGCAGUAAAUCUGAUGGGCAGAGGAGUCCCAACGAUACCGUGUUCCUCCGCAUGGAUGAGAUUCCCUACAUUCACGAGGACAGACCAGAAAGUUAUGGAGAGGAUGAUGUGCCUACGGAGUCUCAGCCGUCCACCUCUCCUCUCAUCAGCUCUCUGUCUCUGUCCAGCUCCGAGGAGACGAUCGGAAAGAAACUCUUGCGUAAACUGAGUAACAAAAGGAGGAAAAAGUCUCGGGAAGGAGAUUAUAGUUUGGAGGAGGGCUUGGAGAAACCACCGUUGACGAGCUAGCACAGCGGCACAGAGGAAGAGGGACAAAGCCCACAUCUUCCUCCUCGUCAUCCACCUCAGUAAAUAACCGCUCCUCCGUAGACUCACUCCUCGACUCUCAGGAGACUGAGCCAUCCUUAUCCUCUCUGCUGUAGACACCGAUAAUUCUCAGGUCCCCACAGACACACACCCUGUCCCACCUCUGCCUGACGUCUCACCCUUGAUGAUUACUUGGACUUAUUGGAUUUAUCCAGCCUUACUCUGGACUGCACAGAUCCUAGCAGGUUUUACUCAAAUGUUUUGUAGUUAAUGGGGCAAACAGUGUCCACGUUAGCUUUUCAAUGGUUGUUCUAUUCAUAACGUUCACAUUCAAUCAUCUCCAUUCAAGACGUAUGUGUUACGGAAACUGAUUCAUAGCUUGCAAUUUAAUUUAAGGAGAUCAAGCUCAUCAUGGUCUUUAGAGCUUUUACUUGAACAAUGAAUACACAAGUAUUAAUAAUGUGUCACUAUGGGGAAGUUCCCAAAUACUGAAAAUGUUGUUUGCACAGGGAACUGUCCUAACGCUGCCACGAGGCUGCCACUGCCACCACAGCCCGACACACGCAUCAGCCUCCCGACAAGAGCACAAUUUUUUACACCCAGUUAAAAGAACACAGUUAUUCUUAAAAAGCCAUACAUGAAUUACAGCUUGAAAGACUUCCUUGUGCACUGACCAAGUGUUGAGAGGAAUGCACAAUCCUGAAACAGAAAAAAAACACAACUUCUUAAUUGAUUUCUUAUACAAGUGCCAGAAUUACUAAAAGUAAUAUUUCAGAUAGCAAUAUAUAUAUAUAUAUAUCUAUAUAUAAAUAAUAUAAGUCAAUGUAGAGACUGUAAAAUGCUUGAAUUCAUCACCGCAAUACCACAUACUCAAGUUUUCAGGACCCAACUGCAGACACUCUUGCACACAGAUGAGACGCCUGGAAGACGACAAGGGCUGGAAUAGACUGAAAUAACUCAGAGCAGGGAGCUGGUCCAACAGAAAACUCACAGGAGCACAAGAGGAGCACAAGGGAACACCGGGGAAAACGGAGCAGACAAACUGACAAAGAGGACUCGGAGCGCUGAGGCUCAAACACACAGGGGAGGAAGGGAUAAUUGGGCACAGGUGGGGCUGAAAAUCUGAAGAGAGAGAAAAUAGACAAAGACAGGAAGUUAAACAUCCAAUUAUCACACAAGAUAAAAGAUAUCAAAAUAAAACAGGAAAUAAGAAGGGUCAGUCUGAAAGUCCAAAGAAUCACUUUAGAAGCCCUUGUAGGGACAGAUCAUGACUUACAUGAAUCUCUCUUAACUUCAAUAUGUGUUUUUUUAUUUACCUGCUGUUUUCUGUCUGUCGUCCCUUUAAAGCUCACCUUUCUCUCUGCAGAUGUAGUUUUAUAGACACAGCCUCAGUGUUCACGUCUCCGCCUUUUUCUUCAUCUUACCACAAUUCAAAGAAAUCAUUAGCCUCUCUUUUAAUGGCACAUCAUCACACCGAUAGAGAAUUUCAUUUCUUACCAUUAGCUACUGCGUUAGCCACUUUUCUGUGUACAGUUCGUCUCUCACAGGGUCUUUAAGCUGUGUACUCUAUUUAAAAUAAGCUAUGGGGUUUGGGUGCAAAACGAUGAAGAAGAGUAGUUGCUAUACUUGCAUGUUUGUUAAUGCUGCUUCUUACCUUAGAAUAUUCGCCCUGUAGAAACCCGUCUUUCUCCAUGUGCAUGCUUACAUAAGAGGAUGCAUGAAUAGGAUGAUACCGAUCUGCAUUGAUGUCUCCCCACAGAGGUGCAGUGUGUGACAUAGUGAAAUCUUACACAACCGUAGAUACUAAAAUAAACUCCACAGAGACUGGAGGCUCAACUUUUAGAGUUGAGAAAAAGCGGAGCUGCAAUUAAAAGUGUUUUUUAUAAUAAUAAUAAUGUUUUAACUGAUACUACUAACCAUCGACUGUAUAUAAAGAUAGAUAACAGGUUUCCACUUGCGAUCCAGAAAUGAAGCCAAGUUGUCUCAGAUACGAAUGCUGCCAUCUUGUGCCAAAGAUGCCAUCUGGAGCCAGAGUCUGAUGGCGCCAUGGUAGCGAGGUCCCACCAAUACAUUUACUCGAGUCCUAAAAUAUUACCUUGUUUUUAUGAUAUCGAAUAAGUAAUGAAAACCCAACAUACCGGUAAAAUGAGCACAUACACUAGUGUGAUAAGAACUGCCGUAGAUGACAGAAAGCAUCUUUGAGAAAAAUGUAUUUGACGUGUACUUUGACUUCUUCGUUAGGUCCAUGUCCCAUCCAGUAACACGGAGGAGGCAGGGAGUUUUGACCUAUACUGCAGACUCUGUGGACUCUCUGGCUUCACUUUUGGGGAGCCGCCAUCACUUCUAUCUCUAUAUACAGUCUAUGCUAUGGGGCUUUAGGGGGAAGUGAGGUCAAAAGUACUGUCCAAACUGAGGAGGGCGGGGGAGGCCAUGAACGCUGCUCACUGAGGGAAACUUUAAAGCCAUUCUUAUAGAAAAGAAAUAGUGCAAUAAUAACCUGAUUGGUUAGAUCUUUCAUAAUAAAGAAAUAACUUGAUUGUUUCUAACUGGGGAAUCUACCGGCACAGGUUGGACUGUGCUUAUCUGCAUUGUGAAAUCCUGGCAGGUGCUCUGCUCCAGAGAACUGACAGAAGUACGUUUGAAAGAGGAAAGCAAUAUGACGCACGCUGACGUCAAGCCACCACCUCCUUUCAAACACACACGCACACGGGUGGUGUUUGGGGACAUUCAGCGAUAUAAUUCAUUCUGCCUGUGGAAGUACAAAGGAGACUGCACUGCUAAGCUAUUCACAUUGAUCUGUCUGUAUACACUGAACACACAGGCUGAGGUCUUCUGAUGUGACCACUGACUCAGAGCCAGGAGGAUUUGUGUGAUUUAGAAACUGUCGCAGCUUUCACAGAUUUUGCUGGUUGGUUUACACAGAUUUAUAUUCAUAGCUGCAAGGACUGUUUGUACAGGAUAAACCAUUUUGUAAUGUAAAAAAUUAUAUAAGUCGCCCAAAGAUAUGAAGAGGGAGAGCAUAUGCCCGGCACAAGGGACAAAUUAAUUAUUAAUAAAUUAAAUGAACUACUGUUUGUGUA